UGAAAUCCUGUCUCAAAAAACAAACAAAAAAAAAAAAAUGAGGAAGAAGGAGCAUCUUUCAAGGGUAUAAUUUUUAGAAUCCCGGCACUUGAAAGGCCAUAUAAGAAGAAUCAUGUGUUCCACGCCAGCCUGGGCUACAUAGUGAAACCAAAACAACCCCACACAAUAGCACAGCAUGAACAAAUUGGGUCUGUGAAUUACUGGACACACAGCCCCUCCAGCAGCCACCCUUUGCCAGCAAUCUCCAGUUCCACUGUUGUGCUACCCGACGUAAGGUGUUUAAAUUCUUGUACCUCAGUUUCCCUCCUCCGGAUUGCCUAAGAGUCUGUCCCGGGUUUGUUCAGCAGCUGUGUCCUCAGGGUCUGGCCGGAGCAAGCGGAAAGCCGGUGAUCGAGUGCUUUAGAGCUCGCAUCAGAGGGAGGCAUCCACGGGCUGCGCUCCCAGGACAGCGGGGAAGGAGCCUGGCAAGCGAGGAACUGGGAAGUCCGGGCCGUGGCUGCUUCUGGCAACGGAAUGUGCCCCACCCUCGCGGCAUGGCUGGCAUCCGCUCAGCCCCGACGGCCAGAACUACGGGCGCGUGCGGAGACGCAUGACUCUGGGUCCUACCACAGCUCCCUGACUCAGGAUCAUCUACAACGCUGAAAAACCCGCCCCACAUGGAACUACACGGCCCAGGGCGCAGGUGCCUCCUUCAGAGACGCCGAGGUCUCUGCGCAGAGCCCGGCGUGUGCCCCGCGUGGCAGCUGAAUGGGAACCCAGGACACCCCUGAUGGCCUCUCCCAGAACCCAUCCUCCCGAUACCCACUUCGGGGUCGCACCCGUUGCUCCCACCACCCAGCGCAGCAGUAGCGGUACAGACACCCAGUGGACCCGGGUCCGUCCUCGGGCCCGCCCCCGAAUCCCCAUUGGGUUGGUCCAGGCAGGGGCGGGGCCGAGGAAGAGCGCCUAGGUCAAGGCACCUGAAGGCAAGUCAUGCUCCCGACUUUCGCGGGUCAGCGCCCCAGGAGCCCACGUUGCUCUGCUGGUCCUUCAGACUCAGCGAUCGCCUGCCGAGCGCGUGGUGCUCAGUCAUUGCUUAGCUGCCAGCGAUAGCUACGAACUCAGGGGAUCCUCGGCGCCAUCCUGUCCCCGCCGUCGGGGCGUCUCUGGAUGCGAGUCCCCUGAGAUGGCUUCGCGCAGCGGGCUCCUCUGGCUGCUGUGCAUGGCUCUGUGUGCUUUGGGCGGCUGUCACGGCCCGCGUCCCCCGUACGUCUUUCCCCAGCGUCGCCUGGGAGUACACGAGCGCCGAGAUCUGCAGCGAGAGAUCCUGGCGGUGCUCGGGCUGCCUGAGCUGCCCCGACCCCGUGCGCCACCCGUCGCCUCCCGACAGCCAGCGUCCGCGCCGCUUUUCAUGUUGGACCUGUAUCACGCCGUGGCUGGUGGCGAUGACGACGGUGUGCCCCCGCAGCCCCACCUGGGGCGCUCUGACCUCGUCAUGAGCUUCGUCAAUAUGGUGGAGCGCGACCUUACCCUGGACUACCAGGAGCUGCACUGGAAGGAAUUCCGCUUUGACCUAACCCAGAUCCCUGCUGGGGAGGUCGUCACAGCUGCUGAGUUCCGGAUAUAUAAAGAGCCCAGCACCCACCCGCUCAACACAACCCUCCAUGUCAGUAUGUUCGAGGUGGUCCAGGAGCACUCCAACAGGGAGUCUGACUUGUUCUUUUUGGAUCUUCAGACGCUCCGAUCUGGGGACGAGGGCUGGCUGGUGCUGGACAUCACUGCAGCCAGUGACCGCUGGUUGCUGAACCACAAGAAGGACCUGGGACUCUGCCUCUAUGUGGAAACCGAGGAUGGGCACAGCAUGGAUCCUGGCCUGGCAGGUCUGCUGGGACAACAGGCACCACGCUCCAGACAGCCUUUCAUGGUUGGUUUCUUCAGAACCAGCCGGAACCCUGUGCGGACCCCUCGGGUAGUGAGGCCACAGAGGAAGAAGAGGCAGCUAAAUAAAACCAUCCAGAUGCAGCACUUGAAUAAACACCUAGGAGUCUUUGAUGAUGGCCACGGCUCCCGAGGCAGAGAUGUUUGCCGUAGGCAUGAGCUCUACGUCAGCUUCCGGGACCUCGGCUGGCUGGACUGGGUCAUCGCCCCCCAAGGCUACUCAGCCUAUUACUGCGAGGGGGAAUGUAAUUACCCACUGGGCCACCAAAUGAACUCCACCAACCACGCCACCAUGCAGGCCCUGAUACACCUGAUGAAGCCAGAAGUUGUCCCCAAGGUGUGCUGUGUUCCCACCAAGCUGAGUGCCAUUUCUGUGCUCUACUAUGACAGAAGCAACAACGUCAUCCUGCGCAAGGAGCACAACAUGGUGGUCCAGGCCUGCGGCUGCCACUGAGUCCACAGCCUGCUGCCAUCACCUUGUUUAUCUGGUUAGCCCCUCUGACCAGGAAAUGAAAUGAAUAGAUCCUGUCAGAUCCAAGGCCAAGGUGGAAGGUGGGGGCUUUCAACUCAGGUCCAUGUUCUGCCCUUUCACAGGUUUGGCCCUCUCCUGGCCCCUUUGUUCCCUUCCUCUGCCCGAGGGUGGGAAGAUGGUCCUGGUUAUAAUCCUGGUGACCUACCUGAGUCCACAAGCAACAGCCCGUCUCCGCCCCUCCCUCAGGAGCAUCUAUUAAGUGUCCUUUGGGAUUGGCACAGAAAUCUAAUUUACCCACCUAUUCAUGAUGACUACUGGCUCAGCCUGAUUUGAAUACAGAGCACUAAAUGGACCUCGGGCUCUUUAGUAUCCACCAGAGGCCUUAGGUGUGUGCAGACAUGAACAACUCCCUCCAUUACUCCAUAGCCUGUGCCCUGGAGGUAUAAAACCAGAUUUCUGUAAAAGGGUUAUUAAAAAAAACAUGGGAAAGGCAGGGAUAAUGAUAUACGCUUAGUACUUGGGAGACUGGGGCAGAAUUACCAUGAGUUCAAGGGCAGCCUAAAAUAUAUUUCAAGAUCUUUCAAAAAACAAAGACAGCAACCAAGCAAAACCCUAGUGUAUUUAUGGAUGUCAGUAACUAAACCUCUGGCCACAGACAGGCAUAGGAGACCAGCUGAUGAAGAAUCUGUUGUAGAUUUGACAUCUGGAUUCAACCAUUGCCAUUAAAGGAAAUGCCAGCAGUUUCCUGACCCAUAGUCCUCAUUUCUGCCUUUGGGCAGUCAUCACAGGCAGGCACACAACUCGGCAAUAGCCAGAAAAAUAAAACUGUGCUGUCUUGGAGCUGGAGCAGAUUACCCCAGAAGAGAAGCCAAGAAGCCUCAAGGAAAGAGGCCCCUUCAGGUGCUCAUGGUCCACGCAGCGGCGGGCGGCAGGGCAGGGGUUGCAUGGUGAGGAUGGGAAACAGCACAGCUAUGCUGCGGGGCGAUCUCACCCAGGCCCCAGAGCCACACUGAACUCCUGCCUGGCAGAGGACCAUGAUUUCAGCCCCAGCUAUCCUUCCAGAGCUGUCUUCCUGAAAACCGCAGCACACUGAGGCUUGGUACGUACUGCCGACAGCCAAGGCAAGACAAGCUCCACCCCAACUUCCGUUUUGCCAGUUGGAUGAUCUUGGCAGAGGUUUGGUUUAUCUGUGCAGGGUUUCUGACAGCUAAUCUUAGUUGUCAAGUUGACACCUGGGAAGAGGGACCCUCCAAUGAGGAA